AUGGCGCCUUCCUGUGGGAUGGUGAUCGGCCCGGCGGGUCCCGGAAGGAACAGUUCGGCAUUCUCUCAACCUCAAGCACAACCUCAAGCACAACCUCGAGCACCACCGCGAGCACCACCACGAGCACCACCACGAGCACCACCAAUACUACUACAACUGUCGCUCCCACAAUUACUACUACAACCGUCGCUCCGACGACAACCACCACUACCAGUACUACUACAACUACCACUACAACUAAGGCUACCACGACGACCACAACUACAACAGUCUCUCCAACAACUACCACAGCCACCACAACUACCUACGUCCCAACAACUACAACCACGACUAAGGCGCCUACUAUCACCACCACCACGACCAACGUCACUACGACGACCACAUCUACCACCACGACUACAUCUGCAGCUGCCACAGGGCUUUAGGUCAACAACUCUGGUAAUGGAAGUUACUACACUUCUGGCUCGAAAACCUACUUUAUCGGAUGUGGCUAAUCGCUCUCGGGAACCGCGCUCAGCAGCACCAGUGCUGCAACGUUCGAGAGGUGCCUUUCUGCUUGUUCCAGCGUCUCAGCUUGCAACGCCGAGUUUGUCGCAUAUCGAACGGGUGCUGAAGGAUGCCCAGCAUAUGCUUCACCGUACGGGGUUCAUUAGCUGUCAGGAAGCCUCUGCGAAUUCCUUGAUGCUCCAUGGCCUGCGUGAGCUCGAUCCCGAAGGUGCUCUGAAAGUCAACAUGUACGCGCACAUCGUGUACGCACCUGACUGGAUUGCCGAGGAAGAAACGGAGUCCAUGCACAAUCUGAUUGAUAAUGCUGCCACCUUCAAAUCCAGCCAUGUUGAUACCCGCUUUGUCAAGAUAAUUCUUGAUGGAGGGCCGCUGGAUCUUUAUUAUACGCACGCUGGACUGGCAGAUGAUGGGACAGUCGAUGAUCAAAGUUGUUCAUCCUCAAUGUUCAUGAAGCCGCUCAACAUUCGAGAAGUGAACCCGAAUGGUCCUCGGCACGAGAUUGCCCACUGCUCGGGCGUACGAGACAAUGACUACAAGCGUUACAAGGAGUUGAAUGUAACGGCUGAGAUGUCACCGGCUUGCGUCUUCGUGCAUCCUGCCAUAGCUGCUAGUGCAGGGCUCAUGGAUUGGAACUUCUCCAAAAUGCGUGAAGCAGGUGCUCAUGUCACGAUUGGAAUCUCCCCUGCUGAGGGCGAUCCUGGUGAUCAACCACUCGCGCAGCAUAAUACGCCCGAGCAUGCGAACAAUGGUCCCUUACUAGCACCAAGAAGUCCAAUCAGUUUCUGUGGCCCGGUCACUGCGAACUCAGAAGUCGUCAGAGCGUGCUCCGCAAAAGCCGCGAGAAAAAGGCGCCAAAAGGGGGAUACUUCGUGA